AUGGCACCGAGCCACAUUGACAAAGACAUUACUGCGAAUUACGAGAUGGAGAACUUGGAACUUGCAUCCGGAGGGUUCGGCAAAGUAUUCCGAGCCACUGACCGGAAGCAUCCGGAGCGGCGGGUGGCCAUCAAGUCAAUGCUACUUUCCAGCGCACGCCGUCGAGAGAUGUCUGAGAACGAGGUCAAGAUCAUGAAGAGCUUGGACCAUCCGAAUAUCUGCAAACUUUUCGAGACGUACGAGAGGGCUGGGCUUGCGUACUAUGUCAUGGAGCUUUGCGAGGGCAAGGAUCUGUUUGAUCACCGCUUCGAUGUCGACUCACCGCGGCUGGACGAGCCGACGGCCGCAGCGGUCAUCCGACAGCUGGCCAGUGCGUUGCAUUAUGCGCACGACAAGGGCAUUGCCCACCGUGACAUCAAGCCUGAGAACAUCAUGUUCACAUCCCAGGAUCCCAAUUGCACUGACAUCAAGGUCAUUGAUUGGGGUGUCGGCCACGACUUCGGUGAGCGGCGCAUGCGGCACUUUGCUGGAACGCUCAGGUACUGUGCACCGGAGGUGAUGCAAUCCGAAAGCUUCUUGAGACGGCUUUCAUCCUACACGGCUGCCUGUGACAUGUGGAGCGUUGGUGUUGUCCUUUACGCCAUGCUUUCUGGGCGCUUGCCAUUCAGCGGAAAGCAAAAAGAGCUGCUCAAGAAGAUGAAGAAGGAGCAAUAUUCGUUGGCAGGAAAAGUCUGGCAGUCGAGAUCGCAAGACGUCAAGGAUUUGCUUCAGGGCCUGUUGAAGGCCGACCCCAACAUGCGAUUCUCCCCCAAGGACAUCCUCCAGCACCCCUGGAUUACGAACACUGAGAGGCAUUCCGAGAUGCCUGCAGCCGUGGCGCAGCAAGUUCUUGACAACAUGAAGAACUUCAGCCAUCUUGGCCAUUUCUACUCCAUUUGUGUGGCUGCGGUGGUUCGUCAGCUUGGCUCCAAGCACUUGAAUGAGGUGCACCGCAUGUUCUGCAGCUUGGACCGGGAUGGGAAUGGUGUGCUGUCUGUGGAAGAGGUCCAGCAGGGCUUCUGCAACCUUUGCCACGCAGACUCUCCUGAGAUGCAAGAUUUGCUGAAGACCGUGCAGAUGCUUGACAAGGAUGGUUCAGGCAGCAUUGACUAUAACGAGUUUUGCGCGGCUGCGGUUGGCGAGCGAAUCUUCCAGGAGGAGUCGUGGCUGUGGGCUGCUUUCCGUUCCUUCGACACACUGAAGGAUGGCCAGCUAUCGUUUGAGGAGAUUAAAGCCAUCUUUCGGGGUAGCGACGUGAGCCGCGUAUGGCAUGAAGACGUCUUAGAUGCAGCUGCCAGGGAGGCGCUGAAGCGCUUCGAUGUCACCGGUGACGGCGCCAUCGAUUUCGAGGAGUUCAGCCAGCUGAUGCGCCACCACACGGCAGCCAAGAAGUCUGCCGAAGCCGAAAAGCUCCGCCAGGGCUGGUCUUCCGAAGAGCACGACGCGCAAGCCUCCUUGGACAAGUUGGAAUUGCAGCUACAUGAAAUGCAUCCCAGCAGCAUCGAGUCAGGUCAACCAGAUGCAGGAGGCAAGAGGCACAUCACGAUCAUCUUGGUCGUGGGCUAUUCCGCAAGGAGCUUCGGCAAUGCCCGGCGCUACAUGACCUUGGAGCGCAGUGCAUACCUUGACGGCUCUGACCUUGGCCAACGGGCUCGUCCGGUCGAGACGACCUCACUGCAGCCAGAAGACUGUGCCGAUGCGCGUGCAGCAGCUGAUGCCCAGAAGAGGCGUGCAGCCGCACCGAAGAAGGCAGCGGAGGCCUUCCAAGGAGCCUUCGGCGCCACUUCCGGUUCAGUCGGGCCCCAAAGUGAGGCUCCCGGCUUGCCUGACAGGCGGCUCCGGCGCUCUCCUCGACCUAAAGACGAGUCUGCUGCCGGCUUCUGUCGGCCAUCAGCACAUCCCCUGCCGGGAGGACAAGUAUCGGACAUCGAUGGUCGCGGUCACCGCCGCACGCUGGCGAAGGCCAAGAGCAAGCCAGAGAAGACGCUCAAACGUCACGAUCGUCACAAUGAUGUGAAAAUUAGCCGUGAACAGGCGCAAGGCGACUUUCAAGGCAGGGCCUUCUUUGACCAAAUCGUGCAAGCGGAGCACUACGCCAAUCUGAUUGGCAGAUCAGAAAAAAUGGCGAGCCUCUCCGAUGUGCUGAUGUCGGUGCCAGAGGAUGACUUCCCUGACGAGAUUCCAAGAAGCGAGCCGGAGCAUCUCACUGUCGAAGCAAGGGACCAGGCACCGCUGCCCACGUUGCUCGGCUCUCCACGUGGACCGCAGCAAGAAGAAGACAAGGGGAGUGCGCAGCCGUCGUUCGACCCACGCUACUCCUCUUCCAGAUCGCUGGCGGGAAAGUGCAGAUCGCUGAAGGCAUCCAUCUCGCACAUUGCACAGGAGUCCACCUCCUUCGGGCGACUCCUUCGCGAGGCCCAGUCAGCUCUCGAGGCUGCGGGCUCCACCUCUCAGUCCCAGGUCAUGGCCAGGACCAG